AUGAACUGGCCAACGAGGCGGACCGCGCGGGGUGGCUUCAGGGGAAGGGAUUGCGGUCACCGGACUGAACGGCCCGGAAUCUCGGAGUUUUCUGUUGAAAACGAUGCCAGUCCUACGGUAACCUUAGGGUCAAAGAGGCCAGUGAUACGCAGAGACGGGUUGAUGAGGCAAGUUGCCGGCGACGAAGGUCUCGGACUCGGACUCGAGGAGAGUCAGUCUGCAAAGGCCGGACCCGUCAGUUUGAACGUCAGGGUCGAGUCGAGUUUCAUGGACGAGAUGCCACCGACUGGGAUCUUCGGCUGGCAACAUGUCGCUUAA